GGGAGAAGAAGUGAGAUGGCGUCUCCUUAGCUCCAGCUCCUGAGAUAAACUCUGUGGAAAAUAUAGUGAUCUUUUACGAUGGAAAAUCCCAAUGGUGAGGGUAGUGGGCAAUCUGAAGAACUGAAGCCACCGUGCCCUGAGAGAAAACAACAUAUGGACUGUGAUGAUGGACAGAUGAUGAAUGAAUCUAUCAAUCCAUUUCCUUCAGAUGAAAAUUCAGAUAUUCUUGUGACAAAAAGCUUCGCAGAAGAACCAAAGAAGGAGGAAGACAAAGAUGAUUUUCAAGAGCCUGAAGUUAGAUGGAGAAGCAGAAUGAGGACUAAAACUUCCAAAAGACAUGUUGGGGAAAGACUUCAUGAGAUCGUUUGUUGUACUGCUUGUGGUCAACAAGUGAACCAUUAUGAGGAUUCAGUGUAUAGACAUCCUGCACUGAAUGUUCUUAUUUGUAAGAGCUGCUACACAUAUACGAGUGAUGACAUAAGCAAUGAUGCUACUAGACCUCAUAAGCACUGCAGAUGGUGUGCAGAAGGCGGAGAGUUAAUUAUUUGUGAUUUCUGCCCUAAUGCUUUUUGUAAAAAAUGCAUUUGGCGCAAUCUAGGGAAAAAGGAGAUGGCAAAAGUGAUGGAUAAGAACACUAAGUGGAGUUGUUACAUUUGUCAGCCAGAGCCUUUAUUGGAUUUGGUUGCCAUAUGUGACUGUGUAUUUGAGAAUUUAGCACACUUAGAUCAGCAGUCUAAAAAGAAAAAGUUAGUAAGUGAAAAGACUGAUAACACAUGUGACCAUUCAGAGAAAUUAAACCAUGGAAGUUGUGCUGAAGAGAUACAUCAGGUGUAUAACCCUCCCUCUGAUGCUGCACCACCCCCUUUUCCCACGUUACUGAUUCCAGAAGCCUUAAUUGAGAAGACAGAAGCAUUGGUUAAGAACUCUGCCCUGGUGGGGGGAGAUGCCCAGUUCUCCUGA